CAUGAAUGAUGCAGCGCCCUCAAAUGUCCAUGAAGUUGACGAGGCGGAAUAGGAGGCAGCCCGCAUGAGGAAGGGUAAGGCUAUAGCCAAACCGAGCAAGACUCAAGAUUCGGCGUUCAAAUGCCUAGGGGACAAAGAGGAUGGACCCCGCAAGUCUGCCAAGCUACGUCUUGGUCCUGAGAUGGACCGGACUAGCGCAAUGGAAAGACUUGGCGGGAGUCGUCAUGCCCAAUCUCGUCGUUCUAGGGAAUCUAAGACGAUUCACCUAGAUGAGGAGGAAGCUGAAAGCCAGCCUAGAGCAUCGACAUAUACCAGGCUCUCGUACGAUGAGGAUGACCUGGACAAGAUGGGGAGCAUAGUGAGAAAGCUACAUGCCUUGGAGGAAAGGGUAGAAGAGAAGGAGGGAGCGAAGAAGCACACCCUGGCCAAAUCACCCCUUUCAGCCACGGUAUAUGCACAAAACUUGAGGCGGAAGGUCAAGCUGGACGUGGAGAAAUUCAAUGGAAAGGAGGAUCCAAAUGUCCACCUUGACACCUUCCAUAAUGCAGCGCAAAUGGCCGGGUGUACUAAUGCUGAAGAAUGCCUACUCUUCUUCUCAUCCUUGAGAGGGAGGCCAGUGGAAUGGUUUAACAGCCUUCCACAUGGUAAGAUCGGGUCCUUUGAAAAACUUGCUGAGAUUUUUCGCAAGAAGUACACGGACAACUGCAUCAAAAGGAAGAAGUUCACCUACCUUAACACGGUAGGGCAGAGGGAAAAGGAGUCCUUGACUCAGUUCUUAACUCACUGGAGGGACGAGGUCGACAAAGUAGAAGAGAUGGACGACAAGACGGCCAUGUCUUUGCUGAUGAAUGCCUUUCGGUCGGGUGACCUAUACACUGAAUUUUGUAGAAGGCCACCCUCCUCUUAUCAGGAAGCCUACAAUACGGCAUGGGAGUACACGGAGGCGGAGGUCCUAAACAAGAGAAAACGAGAACUGGAAGAAGGUUAUAUGAAGGUCAAGACCGAGAAGCCAAAAAAGGACGACCAUAUGGGAGGGUCCAGGCCAAGGACCACAUAUGAUGGGACGACCCACCAAAUUAGAAAUGAGAAGAAGGGAGAAUAACCCAAGCGGCCUUGGAUAGAGAAGUGGUGUACCUAUCACAAAUCUGACUCCCACAACACGGCAGAUUGCCGAAAUGUCAAGGUUGUG